CCGGGCGCGCGGCACGUGCCGGCCAGCGCGGUCGAUACUGGUGGUGCGGCUGCCCCUUUGUACGCCGCCGGCGGGCACGGCCGGCCGGUCAGCAGCCGGCGGCGCAGACCGCUCAGCUCAGUAGUGCCGCGGCAAUGCGUGGAGCGGGGAGCCAGGCCGUCCGUGUGUGGCUGGCGACCUGUGUGCUGACCAGCGCCGCCGCCGGAUGCACCACAACUGAGCAGCCCACAACGACAACACCGGAGCCAACAACAUCAUCGACAACAGCAUUAACAACAGCAGCACUAACAACAACCACAACAGCUGCAUCACCGGCAGCACCGACCACAACGGAGGCGUCAACUACAGCGACACUGACGACCACUGUAGCACCAACGACAACGCCAGAACCAACGACAACUCCAGCACCAGCAACAACGGGGGCGUCAAGCUCCCAAUGCGCCGUAACUUCAUUCGUGUGCCCGACGGACACCACUCAGUACCACUUCGCCAAGGAGGACAACUGCCGCCAGUUCUACAAGUGUUCGAACGGCUGUCCGGUGGUGUUUGACUGCGCGGCGCCCCUCAGCUACAACUCAGCCAUCUCCAACUGCGACUGGGAUUACAACACCGGCUGCGCCGACCCGCCCCUUACAUGAGCUGCUCCUUAGAAAUGUGGGUUCUGAAUGGCCCGUCACACGAGCACCAGGGUUCCAGUCCCACGAAAUGGACACUUCAAUAAUAAAUAUCAGCUAAUGA